AUGGCGACUCCCGACUUAACAAGAGGGCCCGUCCUCCUCGCCAUCUCCAUCACCACCGAGCUCUUCGCCCUCACUACAUGCCUUAUCCGCCUUUUAAUACGCAAACGCUCCGCCAGCCACCACAUGGGCCUCGAUGACUAUGCCAUCAUUGUGGCCGCCGUCGUCAGCUUUGUCGGCACCAUCUUCGCCAUCAUCGACGGCAGCUCCAUGGGCAACUCUGCCCGUGCCCUCCAGUUCGACUGGCUUGGCCAGCCCUGGUUCAUGAUGGGCACGACAUUCGCCAAAAUAUCGAUUUGUCUCUUCUUCUUGCGACUCGUCGGCGCCGCCAAGCAGUGGCGCAUUCUGCUGAGCAGCCAGAUAUUGCUCAUGGCCGUCCUGAAUUUUACCUUUUCCCUCACCACCAACCUGCAGUGCCGACCACUCGACAAGCUGUGGGACCCGUCCGUCGUCGGCGUGUGUUGGAACCCGAGUGUCCAGCAGAACAUUGGCUACUUCCAGGGCGCCUUUUCCGUCUUUUGGUGGCUCUUUCUCUCCAUCUUCCCCGUUAUGAUUGUGCGGGAUCUCGAGAUGCAUCAAAAGAUGCGGUGGCCCUUUUACUUUUUGUCGAGCUUGAGUCUUUUGGCCGCCAUUUUUGCCACAGUGCGCACGUAUGAGACGUCACAGACCGUGCGCGGCAUCUACACCUUUGACACCUUCUUUGCCAGCGUCCUCUCCAUUCUCGAACAGAAUGUCGGCAUCGUCGCUGCAAACAUUCUGUCCCUGGGCUCGCUUGUCUGGAAGAAGCAGGUGACCACACGGGGGGAUCUUGGCGGCCGUGCGAACGCAAAUUCGGACAGGUACCCAGAACCAGCAAACACACGGGGUCGUACCGGUCAGCAAAAUCCGUUCGAGUCGGGCGCCGACUCCGUGCACAGCGCCACACCCCGGCGAGACGAAUUUGACUUUGACGACACCGAGAGCGACCUAGGUGAGAGUGGUCUAUCGCGGACGGGAUCGAGCCACUCCUCCGUCAAGCGGUCCCCAAUGCUCAUUAUCGAAGGCCCCCGCGAACGCGAUUACCAUGACUCGCGCCGCAUGCGAGACGAGCGGGAUGUGAUUCAAGGUGGGAGAACACAGCCCACCAAGAAGUUUAUGAAGCACUCAAAGGGCACAAAACACAGCGACACACCUCUACGCACUGUUUUGAACCGCUCUGCCUUGCUCAUGAACAGGACUGGCCGGGAUCGCCGCAGCAUAGAUGCUGAAGCAGCAGCAGCAGUAGGAGGGCAAGAAGGAAAUGAGUCCAGUGAAGAUCCAACCGGCGCCAACUUUUGGCCUCGCGGUAUCAUCAAGACUGUCGAAGUCGAAGUCGUCGAAGAGGACAUUUCCACGUUGCAGCAGCAGCAGCCGCAGCAUCGCCGACAGCCAUCCAACGCCUCUGGUGGCAUUGUGGCGAGCGACGUGUCAAACGAAGCCAGUCUGGGAGGCCACAGCCGCAACAUGUCACGCCACAGCCGCAUGGACUCGGACAACGACUGGGUAGCACUGUUGCGCGGAGACGCGUCGACGCCGCAGCCGGGUUCACGGGGACCGUCACGACAAGGUUCACGAGGUCCUUCACGGCAAGGCCACUACUAA